CAUGACUUCAUGCGUACAUGCGCAUCAUUCUCUGAAUUAUCGAUCCCAAUUCGCCAGCUGCGUCGGUAUAGCAGUUUUACGUUGUAUACAUAUGCAUAUUAUGACAGAGACAGACUCUAGUGUGUAUAUCAAGCAGCCUCUCAAAAACACGCAUCCUAUAUUUUGCUAAUUUGUUUUCAUUCAGUGUUUCCCUUAUAAAUUCGUUCGAAAGCACUGAAAAUGUGUCAAGCUGAGAAGAUUGAUCAAAGACGACAAACUGGUAUUAUGGGAAACUAAUACUCCGGACAUCAAUCGCAACAGUCGUGGAAUCUUAUUAAGCGAAUUCGCUUAAUUACAUCGACGAUCCAAUACACAGGAUAUGAACUAAUUGCAAAUGAGAAUGUGUAUGAAAGUUGCUAAAUUCAGCUCUAAAAAGAUCAAAUCUUGAGGCAACUACAGGAUCAAUUUCUGUAUGCAUUGCUAAAAAUAAUCUCAAGGCAUACACUUGGAUAUACACACUGUUUGUUGUAUAUUGUUGAAAGACAGAACGUUCUCAGUUGACUAGUCGACAUGGCAACUCUUGAGGAUAAAAUCUUGGGUGAGAAGUCGCAGUACUACUGCAGCAGUUCAAGCGAAGAUGAAGGCAACGAUUCCGCCAGCUCUGACAAUGAAGGCGAGGCUUCCAACGCUUAUGACAUGCCAGCCAAACAGCCAUCCAUGGAUUUUUCUGAGUGGGAUGGGACUUCCAGUAACACCGGACCCAAAGGAGUCAUUAGGGACUGGCAGCGUUUCAAGCAAAUAGAAAAUGAAAAGAGAGCUGAACAAGAGAAGGAGAGAAUAGAACUGAUGAAAAAAUUGACUCUCACCUGUCGUAGCACUUUGGACGACGAGAGAGAAAAGAUGCUUGAAACAGAUCCUGAAUUUGCUGAGCUUAUGGCUGAUGAAUUUCUUCUUGCGUAUCAAAAGCAGAGAAUGCGAGAGAUGAUAGCUAAAGCUGAGAAGCUCAGAUUUGGUUCGGUUAUCAAUUUAGAAGAAGCUGAACAAUAUUUGAAAGCCAUUGACGAGGAGGAUAAAUCAGUCACCAUCAUUAUUCACAUAUAUCAAAAAGAUGUUCCUGGUUGUACAGCCAUGAAUGGCUGUCUGAUAACGCUAGCUCAAGAGUAUCCAUUUGUGAAAUUCUGUAGAAUAUUAGCAUCGGCUGUUGGCGUUAGUAAACACUUCAAGAAGGAAGGUGUACCUGCCUUAUUGGUUUACAAGGGUGGACAGAUCAUUGGUAAUUUUGUUCACAUUACCAAUACCUUAGGUGAUGACUUUUAUGCCUCGGAUGUGGAAUCAUUUCUAAUAGAGCACGGCCUACUUCGCGAUAAAAAUUGCGUACCUUCAAUCAUACAGAGUAAUGAAGAUGAUGACUCAGAUAGCGACUAACUGAUCUCAAUGAAAACAUGAAAAUGUAGAAGACUGCAUUAUAAUAUGAUAGCAUUUAAAAACAUCAACAUAGCCAAUUCAAUGAAUACUGCGGUCUUUUUAAGAACAUCAUAUACUUAAUAAUUGACAAAAUCGAGAUCUUCAUAAAUGUUUGCAUAUUUACCAUAAAACGUAAUCCUUAAAAAUGUAAUUGAUUUUCAGUUGCUGAAUUAUUUUAAUGUUCCAAUACUGUAAAAUUGUUCAACUGACGUACUUCUUUUUUCAGCAACACAAUUUUUUACAAGUAUUAAAUACAAUAUUAUUUAACUCUGACGCGUGCGCUAUAUAUAAUAAUGAUAAUAAAAUGAAAUGUAUUACUUUGAACACAUAAAUAAAUGAUUUUAUCAACAAAAAAAAA